ACUAUGAAAAAAUGCACUCCAUAUAUAUUCAAUAUUAUGACUGAAGAUUGUACCAAGAUUACUUAGAACAUAAUAUAACGAGACGAGUCAAAAGAUAAGCGAACAACUAAAUUGCAAAACCAAUUUCAGGUGGAUAGUCGACAUCGAAGACAAAACUACGAUGGUUGCUUCCAUAAUUCUGCUCCUUUUAGGAUUAUGUUCAUAUUCAGAUGGACGCAUGAUGUUCGAUUUUCAGGGGGAAUAUCUGGAAUGCGGAAAUGGAUUACCCAUGCUCGGUGGAGACAUGUCUAAAAUGUAUGUUUUCACAGAUGAGAACAAUACUCUGCUGCUGGAUGGAGUGUUUUUGUACACUAAAGAUUAUUAUUCUCCUAUAAAAUGGUCUGUUACAUCUGAGCACCUCGAGCGAGGCAGCUGGAGACCGGGAAUCAUAUCGAAGGUAGUGCCAGAUAUGUGUGCUGUUAUUUUGAAUCCCCUAGAGCCCUGGUACGUUGUGACUAGAACGAUGCAACAAACCAAAUGUCCAUACCUGACGGGGCAUGAAGAAAGCUUUCAUAUGUUGGAAUUGGGAAAUUUGGGCAUAAACUUUCCACACGCGUUUGCGGGGGAUUGGAGGUUUUACCUCAAUGUAACGGUUACUAGAAAUGGUCGAAAAGUAAUGGAAUGUUUGUUCGUCGAAGUUUCGGUCAUCGAAGAAUAAUUCGAACACAAAAUGACUCUUCAGAUGCGCCGACAGGGUAAUAAAGAUAUUAUUCAAAAUAAAAUGUUUACAGUUUUCUGUUAUUUGAGCACUGUUGCUUACAAUUGUUUCGAUGUAU